AUGGCGCGGGGGCCGCCGGGCGCGCUCGGCCGCGUGCCGGAGCCUUCGCCCCGGGAACCGGGCGGCCGCGCCAAUGAGCGGAGCCGCAGGCGCUGGUGCGAGCGGACGGAGCAGGUGGCGGAGGAGGCGGUGGUGACGCCGCGGCGCGAGCAGCUGGUGCCCUGCGCCAGCCUCUACCAGUACAGCCGGGCGGGCUGGCACCUCGACCCGCAGGGCACGCGGCGGGCGCAGGCUGCCGGCACCCCCAUGUGCUCCGUGUACCGGCCCCCCGAGACGCAGCCGGUGCUGCGGAACCGCACGGUGCGCGCCUGCUGCCCCGGCUGGAGCGGCCCCGACUGCACCCGAGGAGAUGCGCCCACGGCGCGGCCGGCCACCCCCGGGGCGCUGCGGGGACCCCGGCGCCCCGCGGCCACCUGCCUGGCCUGGGCCGGCUCCCGCUACCGCUCCUUCGACGGGACCCACGUGCGCUUCGCCGGCCGCUGCGCCUACACGCUGGCGGCGGCUGCCGACGGCACCUGGGACGUCACCAUUGUCACCGGCAGCCCCCCGACGCUGCUCAUGGUCUUCGGGCUGGACGCCGUGACCGUGCGCGGCCGGAACGUCUCCGUGAACGGGGCAGCGGUGCCGGAGGGGGACCCGCACGUGCACAGCAGCGUGAGCGUGCGCUGGCCGGGCGCCGCCGUGGCCGUGGAGAGCGGGCUGGGCGUGCGCGUCCAGGCGGACGGCGCCACGGUGGCCGUCACGGUGGGCACGGAGCUGCGCGGCGGCACCCGCGGCCUCUGCGGGCCCUACAACGACGACCCCGCCGACGACCUGCAGCAGCCCGACGGCACCGUGGCCGCGCUCGCCGCUCCCUUCGGCAACUCCUGGAAGCGCCCGGGCUCGGAGGUAGCGGGCGCAGGACGGGCGCCGCGGCGGGCGAGCGGCGCCGGCUCUCGCCGGUGCGCGGAGGCCACGUGCGGGAAGCUGCUCGCCGGCCCCUUCAGCCGCUGCCACGGCGAGGUCGACCCCAGCGGCUUCUACGCCGCCUGCUUGGACACGUUCUGCCGGGAGGCGGGCGCGGGGCCCGUGCCGCCCGCCGCCGUCUGCGACACCUUCGCGGUCUACGCGCGGGAAUGCGCCCAGCGGCGAGCGCACGUCGACUGGCGGCAGCCUGGCUUCUGCGAGAAGCACUGCGGCGCCGGCAAGCGCUACUCGGACUGCGUGUCGUCGUGCCCGCUGAGCUGCGCGGCCGCGGGCGCCGCCGACGAGGGGCACUGCCGCGACGGCUGCGCCGGCGGCUGCGAGUGCCCGCCGGGGCUCUACCUGGAGGGCGGCGAGUGCGUCGCCGCCGCCGCCUGCCCCUGCCGCCACCGCCGCCGGCGCUACCGGCCCGGCCAGAGCAUCCGCCAGGGCUGCAACCGCUGCACGUGCCGGGACGGGCGCUGGCUCUGCACACAGCAGCGGUGCCCGGGCGAGUGCGCCGUGCUGGGCGGCCGCCACUACGUCACCUUCGACCGCAAGCGCUUCUCGCUGCCGGGCGCCUGCGAGUACACGCUGGUGCAGGACUUUGUGCACGGGGAGCUGCUCAUCACGGCCGAGCACCAGCCCUGCGAGAGCGCGGGCGCGCCGAGCUGCCUGCGCGCCCUCUCCGUCACCGUGCGGGGCUCCGUGGCGCGGCUCCGCGGCGCAGGCGAGGUGACGGUGAAUGGGGCCGCGGUGGAGCUGCCCUUCGCCGGCGCCGGCCUCACCAUCCGCCGCGCCUCCUCCGCCUUCGCGCUGCUCCAGGCCGCGGGGCUGCACGUGCUCUGGGGUCCCCCCGCGGCGUACAUCACCCUGCAGCCCGCCUACGCUGGCAAGGUGCGCGGGCUCUGCGGCACCUACAACGGGGACCAGCGGGACGAGUUCGCCACGCCGGCGGGCGACGUGGAGGCCAGCGUCUCGGCCUUCGCCGACAAGUACCGGGCGCCGGGCGCCUGCCCCGCGCGCGGCCCCUUCGCCGCCGAGCCCUGCGGCGCCCACGCGGGACAGCGCGAGGCUGCCGAGGCCGCCUGCGCCGUGCUGCACGGCCCCGCUUUCCAGCCCUGCCACGACCUGGUGGAGCGGGAGCCCUUCUACCAGCUGUGCCUGCACGAGAGCUGCGCCUGCACGGCCGGGCGCCGCUGCCUGUGCCCCGCGCUGGCCGCCUACGCGCAGCAGUGCGCCCGCGAGGGCGCCGUCCUGGCCUGGCGCAACCGGAGCCUCUGCGGCGUGCCGUGCAGCGGCGGGCAGGUGCACCAGGAGUGCGGCCGCCCCUGCGGCCAGACCUGCGCCGACCUGCGCCUGGACGGCGCCGGCUCCUGCCCCGACCUCGAGGGCACCUGCGUCCCCGGCUGCAACUGCCCCCCGGGGCUGGUGCUGGACGACGGCGGGCAGUGCGUCCCGCCGGCCGCCUGUCCCUGCCGGCACGGCGCCGGCACCUACGCGCCGGGCAGCACCAUCCGCAGGAGCUGCAACAGCUGCGUGUGCACGGCCGGCGCCUGGAACUGCACGGCGCAGCCCUGCCCGCCGGCCGCGCGCUGCCCCGGCCAGCUGCUCUACGCCGCGGGCUCCUGCCUGCGCACGUGCGACGGCGCCGAGCCGCGCGGCGGCUGCGCGGGGCUCUCCGACGGCUGCGUCUGCCCGCCGGGCACCGUGUUCCUGGAGCAGCGCUGCGUGUCCCCGGACGAGUGUCCCUGCCAGCACGGCGGGCGGCUCUACCAGCCCAACGCCACCAUCGCCAGGGACUGCAACACGUGCGUGUGCCGCGGGCAGCGCUGGCACUGCAGCCGCCGGCAGUGCGCGGGCACCUGCGUGGCCACGGGCGACCCGCACUACGUCACCUUCGACGGCAGAGCCUUCUCCUUCCUGGGCGACUGUGAGUACGUGCUGGUGCGUGAGGCCGGCGGGCUCUUCACCGUCACCGCCGAGAACGUGCCCUGCGGCACCGCCGGCGUCACCUGCACCAAGUCGGUGGUGGUGGUGCUGGGCACCACCGUGGUGCACAUGCUGCGAGGGAGGGACGUGACGGUGAACGGCGUCUCGGUGCGGCCGCCCAAGGACUACAGCGGCAACGGGCUCACGCUGGAGCGUGCCGGGCUCUUCCUGGUGCUGCUGUCCCGCCUGGGGCUCGCGGUGCUCUGGGAUGGAGGCACCCGGGUGUACGUGAAGCUGGAGCCGCGGCACCGGGGCCGCGUGGCCGGGCUCUGCGGCAACUUCGACGGCGACACCGAGAACGACUUCGGCAGCCGCCAGGGCGUCGUGGAGCCCACGGCCGAGCUCUUUGGCAACUCGUGGCGCGUGAGCCCGCUGUGCCCCGAGGUGGAGGGCGACGAGGCGCAGCACCCCUGCACCGAGAACCCGCACCGCGCGCCCUGGGCCCGCAAGCGCUGCGGCGUGCUGGCGCAGCGCCUCUUCGCGCCCUGCCACGACGCCGUGCCCUGGCAGCGCUUCUACGAGUGGUGCCUCUUCGAUGCCUGCGGGUGUGACGCCGGCGGCGACUGCGAGUGCCUGUGCACGGCCAUCGCCGCCUACGCCGAGGAGUGCGGCCAGCGCGGCGUGCCCGUGCGCUGGAGGAGCCAGGAGCUCUGCCCGCUGCAGUGCGAGCGGGGGCUGCAGUACACGUCCUGCGGGCCGCCGUGCCCCCAGACGUGCAGGACGCUGGGCCGGGAGCAGCCCGCGCGCUGCCACACGGCCACGUGCCUCGAGGGCUGCUUCUGCCCCCGCGGGCUGGUGCUGCACGAGGACGGCUGCAUCGACCCCUCGGCGUGUCCCUGUUACUGGGAGGGCAGCGCCUUCCCCGCCGGCACCGCGCUGCAGCGCGACUGCAGCAACUGCACGUGCGCGGGCGGGCGCUGGCACUGCGACUCGCCCUCGGAGCCCUGCGCCGCGGAGCGCCGCUGCGGCACCGACGAGUUCACCUGCCGCUCGGACGGGCGCUGCGUGCCGGGCGCCUGGGUGUGCGACAACGAGGACGACUGCGGCGACGGCUCGGACGAGCUGUGCGCGCCGCGCUGCGCCCCGCAGCAGUACCGCUGCGCCAGCGGGCAGUGCGUGUCCUGGGGCGCCCGCUGCGACGGCGCCGACGACUGCCUCGACGGCUCCGACGAGGCCGGCUGCCCCGCGGCCGCCUGCGCGCCCGGGCGCUUCCGCUGCGCCGGCGGCCGCUGCAUCGCCCCGGAGCUCGUCUGCGACGGCGAGUUGGACUGCGGCUUUGCCGACGACUCCGACGAGGCAGGCUGCAGCCCGAGCUGCAGCGCCGGCGAGUACCGGUGCACGGUGGGGCGCUGCGUGCCCUCCCCGCAGCGCUGCGACGGGCGCGACGACUGCGGCGACGGCAGCGACGAGCGGGGCUGCGUGUGCCCCCACGGCCACUUCCAGUGCCCCGAGGCUGCCUGCCUGCCGCCGAGCGCCGUGUGCGACGGCCGGGACGACUGCAGCGACGGCGCCGACGAGGCCUUCUGCCCAGGCCGGGUGAGCUGCGGCCCGGGGCAGCUGCCCUGCCCCGACGGCUCCUGCGUCAGCGGUGCUGUGCUGUGUGACGGUGUCCUGGACUGCGGGGACGGCUGGGAUGAGAGCCCGGAGCGCUGCGCAGCACCCGGGCCCACUGCUGCAGCAGCCACCAUGCACGGCACUGCUGCAGUGCCCGCGAAUGGCACCACGGCGGCGCCGUGCGGGCGCGACGAGUUCCCGUGCGCCAGCGGCGGGUGCCAGCCGCGGGGCUGGGUGUGCGAUGGCGAGGCCGACUGCGCCGACGGCAGCGACGAGACGCGCUGCGGGCGCCCGUGCCCGCUGCAGCACCUGCCCUGCGCCCAGGGCGCCCAGUGCGUCCCCUACGACCACCUGUGCGACGGCGUGCCGCACUGCCGCGACGGCUCCGACGAGAGCGCCGAGCGCUGCGGCUCCACGCACAUCCCGCCGUGCCCGGGACACUUUGCGUGCAACGAGCACCUGUGCGUGAACGCGUCGCUCGUGUGCAACGGCGUCCCCGACUGUCCCCAGGGCGAGGACGAGCUGGGCUGCGAGAGCCACGUGGCCACGGAGCAGAGGAACCGCACGGGUGUCCCCUGUGCCGAGUACGAGUGUGGUGAGGGCAAGUGCAUCACCUUGGCACAGGUGUGCGACGGGCUGGCAGACUGCGCCGGGGGGUGGCCGCCGCGGGACGAGCGCGACUGCGGCGUCUGGGGCCCGUGGGCGCCCUGGAGCGCGUGCAGUCGCAGCUGCGGCGCGGGGCGGCAGCCCAGGCUCUGCCUCGCGCCCGCAGUGGACGGCGCCUGGAGCGAGUGGUCGCCGUGGUCCAACUGCACGGGGGGCUGCGGCGGCGUGGUGCUGCGGCGCCGGGGCUGCGUGUCCCCCCGCAACGGCGGCCGCCCCUGCGCCCCGCCGCCCGCCGCGGCGCCCGCCUCCCUGCAGCUCGACACAUGCAAACAGGACGGCUGCCUCAACGUCACCGCGUGUCCCCCGGGGCUGGAGAGGCAGCCGUGCGCGCCCUGCCCCGCGUCCUGCGCCGACCUCUCCGCCGGGACCAAGUGCCAGCACAACCGGUCCUGCAGCCCAGGCUGCUGGUGCGCCCAGGGGCUGGUGCUGUCGGGCGCGGGGCGGUGCGUGCGCCCGCACGAGUGCCCCUGCGAGGCGGACGGCACGCGCUUCGCGCCGGGGCAGCCGGCCAAGGUGGCGUGCCGCGUGUGCGCCUGCCGCGACGGGCGGCUCACGCGCUGCCGCCCCAACCCCGCGUGCGCUGUGAACUGCGGCUGGUCGUCCUGGUCGCCCUGGGGCGAGUGCCUGGGGCCGUGCGGCGUGCAGAGCAUCCAGUGGUCCUUCCGCAGCCCCACCAACCCCAGCCGGCACGGCGGCGGGCGCCAGUGCCGCGGCAUCCACCGCAAGGCGCGCAGGUGCCAGACGGAGCCGUGCGAGCAGUGCGAGCACGAGGGCCGCGCGCGGGCGCUGGGCGCGCGCUGGCGCUGGGGGCAGUGCCGCGUGUGCCAGUGCCUGCCCCGGGGCGCCGUGCGCUGCUCGCCCUACUGCCCCCACGGCGCCUGCCCCAGCGGCCAGGUGCUGGUGGAGGGACACGGUGAUGCCUGCUGCUACUGCGCCCACGCCGGGGAUAACAGGACGGCAGCCCCGGCCUCAGCAGCACCCAGUGACGUGUCCGGCACCCCGGUGUCCCCCACGGGCAGCCCGCUGCCCUCCUUCCCGCUGCCUCCCGCUGCCGCGCCCUGCUACGGCCCGCUGGGCGUCGCGGCGCUGCCCGACAGCGUGGUGGUGCAGGGCGCCGGCUCCGGCGACGCCUACGUCACCGCCUUCCUGCUGCAGCUCAGCGCCGACGGCACCCGCUGGCACCUGUACCGCGAGCUCUUCGAGGGCAACGCGGACGCGGCGACGCCGGUGGCGCGGCUGCUGGGCCGCAUGGUGCAGGCCCGGCACGUGCGCAUCCUGCCGCAGCGCUUCCACAGGGGCAUCUUCCUGCGCGCCGAGCUGCUGGGCUGCGGGCCAGGGUCGCCCACGGAGCCCCCCACGGAGCGGCCGUCGCCCGCCGCGGGCCCCGUGCCCACGCCGCAAGGUGCCCGCUCGCUGCCCGUGCUCGGGGGGUUGGGGUCCCCCGCCAUCCUCUCUCUUGCUGCCAUCCUCUUCCUCGCCCCAGGUGCUGCUCAACCCGGCACUGUCCCCGGGACGCUGGUGCCUGUGGUCCCGUCGGUGCCCAUGGUGCCAUCAGUCCCCGUGGUGCCAUCUGUGCCCAUGGUGCCAUCGGUGCCAUCAGUGCCUGCGGUGCCAUCAAUGUCCACGGAGCCUCCGGUGCCCACGGUGCCCACGGGGCCAUCGGUGUCAUCGGUGCCUGCAGCACCACUGGUGCCAUCGGUGCCCAUGGUGCCAUCAGUCCCUGUGGUGCCGUCGGUGCCCACGGAGCCUUCGGUGCCAUCGGUGCCCACAGUGCCGUCGGUGCCCACGGAGCCUUCGGUGCCCACGGAGGUGUCGGUGCCGACAGUGCCGUCAGUGCCUGCAGUGCCAUCGGUGCCCACAGUGCCGUCGGUGCCCACGGAGCCUUCGAUGCCCACGGUGCCGUCGGUGUCCACAGUGCCCACGGUGCCAUCGCCGGACGAGCUGGCGACGCUGAUGAAGCCGCCGGCCACGGCGCCAGCGGCCCGGACUCGAGCGCGGGCCGCGCUGCCCGCGGCGGCGCCGGGGGGCUCCGGGCGCCCCGGCCUCAGCGUCGCCCUCCCCGCCACGCUGGAGACCCCCCGGCCCUCCACGGGGCGCCCAGUGCCCGACGUGGCCGCGGUGACGGUGACCACGGCCCCUCCGUCCCGGGGGGCUCCGCUGGGGUCCCCACACACACCUGCGGGCUGGGCCGCCCCCCCGGCCUGGCGCCCCGCCUGCUCCGCCAGGCAGUUGUGGUGCGGCUCCAGCGAGUGCCUGGCCGCGGCCAAGCGCUGCGACCUGCGCCGCGACUGCGCCGACGGCUCCGACGAGCGCCGCUGCGGUACGGCGGGCACGGGGGCGGCCACGGCGCUGCUGCGCGGCGCCCUGCCCGGCGGCACCUGCGCCCGGCCCCGCUUCCACAGCCGCGCCUGCUUCCUGCGCGCCUGCCCAGUGCCCGGUGCCUGGGCGCCCUGGGGCGCCUGGUCGCGCUGCGACGCCGAGUGCCGGGGGGGCGCGCGGAGCCGCGCGCGGAGCUGCACCAGCCCCCCGCCCAAGAACGGGGGCCACCCGCGCGCAGGCCCCGCUGCGGCCGCCCGGCCCCGCCGCAGCCGCCCGCCUCUGCCUCCCGCUGCAGACUGCGGCCCCGGCAUGCGGCUGGUGCGGGCAGGGGACUGCGAGCGGGGCCUGGUGUCCCCGUGCGCCCAGGCCUGCGGGGACCUGAGCGCUGCACCGAGCUGCGGCAGCCGCUGCGAGGAGGGCUGCCGGUGCCCGCCGGGGCUCUUCCUGCAGGCGGGCGGCUGCGUCAACGCCAGCCAGUGCCACUGCCACACGGGCCGGGAGCGCCGCCUGCCCGGCGAGACCUUCCUGCGCGACGGCUGCCAAACGUGCGUGUGCCUGGACGGCGCGGUGACGUGUGAGGAUACCGCGUGCCCCGUGGCCUGCGGCUGGUCGGCGUGGUCGCCGUGGACGGCGUGCGACCGCAGCUGCGGCGCCGGCACGCAGCAGCGCUUCAGGUCGCCCACCAACCCCGCGGCGGCCCGUGGAGGAGCCCCGUGUGACGGGGACGCCCAGGAGGUGCGCGGGUGCCACGCGCCCUGCGGCGCCGAGCCCAGCGGCCUCUGGAGCGCCUGGACGUCCUGGUCGCCCUGCUCCAAAUCCUGCUCCCACCACGCGGAGCGGCCGGGGGUGCGGAAGCGCUUCCGGCACUGCGCCGCGGAGCGCGCGGGUGGCGGCGCCUGCGCGGGAGCGGCGCUGCAGGAGGAGCCCACCUGCACGUCCGGGCGGAUGGUGUGCGGCACGGAGCCGUGCCCAGGGCACUGCAGCUGGGGCGGCUGGACGGCGUGGAGCGCCUGCAGCCGCAGCUGCAACGUGGGCAUGCGCCGGCGGUACCGCGACGCCUCCGGGGGCCGCGACUGCCCGGGCCCCCGCGUCCAGCUGGAUUUCUGCAUUGUGCAGCCGUGCCGUGCUGCAGCCGAGUGGGGACCCUGGUCCGAGUGCUCGGUGUCCUGCGGCGGCGGCUUCCGCAACCGCACGCGCCCCGGCGCCCGCCCCGCCGGCCUCCAGUUCAGCCCCUGCAACGUCGCCGCCUGCCCCGGCGCGGCGCCGGGCGCCUGUCCUGCUGGCAAGGUGUGGAAGGAGUGCGCCGAGGGGCCGGGCGCCUGCGCCGAGCUGAGCGCCAGCGCCGCCGCCAACGGCAGCUGCCGCGUGGGCUGCUUCUGCCCGCCGGGCGCUGCGCUGCUGAACGGCGAGUGCGUGGCCGAGGCCGAGUGCCCCUGCGCCGUGGCGGGCGAGCUCUACCCGCCCGGGGCCGCCGUGUCCCGCGGCUGCCACAACUGCUCCUGCAUCGCCGGGCGCAUCGCCAACUGCUCCCGGGCGGCGUGCGGUGACGGUGACGGGCGCUGGUCCCCCUGGACGCCCUGGAGCGAGUGCUCGGCCUCGUGCGGGCCGGGGCUGCAGCGCCGGUACCGCUUCUGCACGGCGGCGCCCUGCGCGGAGCCGGGGCCGCAGCCGGACGAGCGCCCCUGCGUCCUCGAGCCCUGCUCCCGGCCGGGCGGCUGGGGCGCCUGGAGCGCCUGGAGCGGCUGCAGCCGGAGCUGCGGGCAGGGCGUGCGGAGCCGCAGCAGGGCCUGCAGCAGCCCCCCGCCGCAGGGCCAGGGCGACUUCUGCGAGGGGGCCCCGCUGCAGGUGGAGGCCUGCAACGCCCACGGGUGCCCGGCCACGGACUGCGCCGCCGUGCCGGGCUCCGCGUACAGCCGCUGCGGCCCGCGCUGCCCCCGCUCCUGCGACGACAUCACGCUCUGCGCCUGGCGCUGCGUGCCCGGCUGCUACUGCACGGCGGGCAGGGUGCUGGACGCGCGCGGGGCGGCGUGCGUGGAGCCGCGGGCAUGCAGCUGCCUGCACCUGCCCAGCGGGCAGCGCUACCCGCCCGGCCACACCGCGGCCCGCGGCGACGGCUGCAACAACUGUGCAGUGCAGAGUCUGUUAGCACGGGAGUGCUGUCCCCGCGGUGCCAUCCCCGCGGUGCCAUCGCCGCUGUCGCUGCCUGCAGCGGAGGAGCCGUGGGGCGAGUGGGGCCCGUGGGGCCCGUGCAGCGCCUCGUGCGGCGGCGGGGAGCAGCUGCGCGGCCGGCGCUGCCGGCGGGCGCCGUGCGCGGGGCCGGCGCUGCAGGGCCGCACGUGCAACAGCCACGUGUGCCGCGACGCGGGCUGCCCCGGCGGGCGCCUGUUCCGCGAGUGCGCCGUGGGUCUGACCCCCGCCCCAUCCCUGCUGCCCCUCUCCCGUGGGGUCCCCAUGCGGCGGGAGGUGACAGGCGCUGUGGGGCUCCCCAUAGAGGUGACCAUCCCCACGGAGGAGCUCCCCAUGGAGGUGCUAGUCCCCACGGAGGAGCUCCCCAUGGAGGUGACCGUCCCCAUGGAGGAGCUCCCCAUGGAGGUGACCGUCCCCACGGAGGAGCUCCCCAUAGAGGUGACCAUCCCCACGGAGGAGCUCCCCAUAGAGGUGACCGUCCCCAUGGAGGAGCUCCCCAUAGAUGUGACCGUCCCCACGGAGGAGCUCCCCAUGGAGGUGACCGUCCCCAUGGAGGAGCCAGACCCCGACACCCCAGAUGGUGACGAGGGCUUCGGGCCCUGGUCGGGCUGGAGCCCCUGCUCCCGCAGCUGCAGCACCGCGGCGCUGCCGGCCACCAAGAGCCGCCGGCGCCACUGCAGCGCUGCCGCCUGCGCCGGGGCCGCCGUGCAGGAGCUGCCCUGCAACCUGCCCCACUGCAAUGGCGGCUGCUCCUGGAGCGCCUGGAGCCCCUGGAGCGCCUGCAGCUGCAGCCGCCCCGUGCAGGAGCGCUACCGGCGCCGCAUCGGCACCGGCACCGGCACCGGCAUCAAUGGCAACGGCACCGGCAACGGCACCGACACCAGCAUUGACACCAGCACUGCCACCUACAUCAACACUGACACCUACACGGGCACUGACGCCUACACCGGCACUGACGCCUACACCGGCACUGACGCCUACACGGGCACUGACACCUACACCGGCACUGAUGCCUACACCAGCAUUGGCACUGCCGCCUACACCAGCGCUGACAUCAGCAUCGACACCGACCCCCUAAACGGCACCGACCCCCUAAACGGCACCGGUGCCGGUGCCGGCGCGGCGCUCUGCGUGGGGCUGCAGGGGCAGUUCCGCCAGUGCAACCGCUCGGGGUGCUCAGUGGUGCCCGCCGCCGCCUGCGCCAACCGCUGCCCGCGCAGCUGCGCCGACCUCUGGCCGCACGUGCAGUGCCUGCAGGGCGCCUGCCAGCCGGGGUGCCGCUGCCCGGCGGGCCAGCUCCUGCAGGACGGCGCCUGCGUGCCGCUGGGCGAGUGCCGCUGCGGGCGCCCCGGGGACACCGGCACCCUGGAGCUGCGCCCGGGGCAGGUGGCCCGCGGGCACUGUCACAACUG